AAGUGAAGGUGAUGAUGAUCAAUCAGCAGCCUAGACAAUUCCAUGAGUGAAUCCAAUCCUCGAGACCCCACCACCACCACCACUUGCACAAGCUGGAAAUUGUACGAGAAUCCAUUUUAUAAUUCACAACAUAAUAUCCAUCAUCAACAACAUUUUCAAAGUAAAAAACAUCUUCGUCACCUACACCUCCCUCUUUCAGCUCGUAAGAUCGCAGCUUCUUUCUGGGAUCUCACCUUUUUUACACCUAUCAUGGACACUGAGCUAGAUUUCGCUCGAGCCCGGAUCCUGGAAUUGAAAGCUGAACUUGAAUAUGAACGUAAGGCACGAAAGAAGUUGGAGACUAUGAGUAAAAGACUGGCUAAAGAAUUGGCUGAAGAAAGAAGAGGAAGGGAAGCACUUGAGAGAGUUUGUGAAGAGCUUGCUAGAGAAAUCUCUUCUGAUAAAGAGGAGAUUGAUCACAUGAAAAGAGAAAUGGGAGAGGAAAGAGAGAUGAUAAGAAUGGCUGAGGUCUUAAGAGAAGAAAGAGUUCGAAUGAAGCUUGCAGAGGCGAAAAUGCUCUUUGAAGAGAAGUUGUUAGAAGUGGUAGGAACAACUACACAGGCAGAGCCUCACCAGAAUUCAACUUCCAGAAUGGAAAAGGAGAGUCAAGAAGAUAAAGAACCUGAAAUCGCAACUCCUUUAAAGACUACAGCUGUUUUGUCGGGCCAGUUAAACAGGUUAGUUGUGGGUGAGAAAUCCUGUUAUGACAACAGUGAAUCGACAGAGGCGAUCUUGAGUGAAAAGUCAUCAUUUAAUGAUAACACUAGUAGCAUUUCAUCAAUGGUAAUUCAGAGAAGUAGAGCAUCACCAGAACCUGAGAAUCCUCACAUCAAGAGAGGGAUGAAGGGGUUUGUCGAAUUCCCUGGAGUGGUUCGAGCAAUAGGGUCCAAAAACAAGCAUCGGGGCACAAAGUUGGAGUGUCAAAAGGCACAGCUAAGGAUUCUAUUGAAACAAAAAAGCCCCAUCAGAUCCAAUAAUCUUAUUGUUUCGUAACUAGUUAUUUUUCACUUCCCUUUGUGUUUGAUUAGUUUUUUGUGCUCUCUUAAUCUGCAAUCACUGUCAAUUAUCUUCUUGAUUUUUGUUUUGUCAAAUGAGUAGUGUUUUCUGGGCUUGUUAGGGUCGAGAGAGUGAGUAUUGAUGAUGUGUAUAUGAGUUUUACUUGAAAUAUUGAAGGCCAUGAAAUUAGAAAAGGGUUGCUUUGGAUCUGUCCAAGCCUUGCUAAAGGGGCUGGCUUAUCUUUUAUUUUA